AUGAUAUCUGAAAUUCCGCCACCACUCAUCCCGAUCGCCUUGUUUUAUUUUGUGUGUGCAACUAUUUCACUUGUUGGAAAUAUGAUUAUGAUCGUUUGCUUUUUCAGGGAACGCUCCCAAGAACUCUGCUUCUGGCUCCUCCUCCCUUCUUGCAUCGGACUCUGCAUCAGUGGUCCACUUCUACUAUCCAUGGGAAUCGAUCGAUUCCUCGCCUGCCAAUCCCCUAUGAUCUACCGAAAGCUUUGCUCAAGACCCGCCAUGUAUCUACUCCUCCAACUAUCAUUUCCAAUUCUCUAUACCGUAUACCUCAAUGGGUCGUCAUUCAUCCAAAGGGAUUCAGCGACAUCUGUUAUUUGUCAAGUCCCGUUGGCCAUGUCUGGGGACUCAUUUGAGAAAUUUAAUGAGGGCGGACUUUUUAUCAAUGUUGGAGUGGUUAUCACCUACUUUAUCACGUUUUUGAAGCUCAAACGUGUCACCGGGAAUGCAUCCCAACUAAAAGUGGUCUUCAAAUCUAUCCUCUACACCGUAAUCUUUGUAAUCCUCGGAUGGUGUACUGUAACUGUGGUGAACAUUUUGAGUAUCCACCUGGUGGCGAAUAUCGAUACGCAGCAUAUCAUGAUGAUCUACGCUGGGAUUGGGUUGAAUAUGGCGUGUGCUAGCAAUGUUUUUGUGUUUUAUAAGAUAAACUCCGAGUAUCGAACGGCUAUCCGAAGACUGUUUGGAGUCAAGGUCCCCACUCAAAUCUACCCAACGACGAGUAUGAUUGGAAAUCCAUUAUCCAGUCUUCACCAUCUUCCCGUACUUCUUGAACAUCUCGUCGACCGUCAUACAGUACCCAUCGUCACACACCUCCUCGACACCGCACUGAGCCUCACGUUGGCAACGGACACGUCCACCGUGGACUACCGUAAUCGGAGAGAAUACGAAGAGAAGGAAUACGAGGAGAAAAGCGGAAAGAUUCAUCUUUCGAUGGUUUUGGGAAGGAUGGGCGCUGAUAUUUAUAGGAAAAUUUUCGUAUAA